AUUGCAGGGAUAUCUAUUCAUUUCGGUGCUGGUGAACACGAAUAGUGAUCUGAUCCGUUUGAUCAUCCAGUCGAUCAAGAACGAUUUGCAGUCAAGGAAUCCGGUGCAUGUGAAUCUGGCGCUGCAGUGCAUUGCCAACAUUGGCAGUCGUGACAUGGCCGAAUCCUUUUCGAAUGAGAUACCCAAAUUGCUUGUCUCCGGUGACACAAUGGAUGUCGUGAAGCAAUCGGCGGCACUUUGUUUGCUCCGUCUAUUUCGUUCGUCACCGGAUAUUAUACCCGGCGGCGAGUGGACAUCAAGGAUCAUUCAUUUGCUAAAUGAUCAGCAUAUGGGCGUGGUAACGGCGGCCACAUCUCUAAUUGAUGCGCUCGUCAAAUGCAAUCCGGAUGAGUACAAGGGAUGUGUUAAUCUGGCCGUGUCGCGUUUAUCACGUAUUGUCACCGCCAGCUAUACGGAUCUGCAGGAUUAUACGUAUUACUUUGUGCCAGCACCAUGGCUCUCAGUGAAAUUAUUGCGUCUGCUGCAGAAUUACAAUCCGGUGACUGAGGAGGCCGGUGUGAGGGCACGUCUCAAUGAGACACUGGAGACAAUAUUGAAUAAGGCACAGGAGCCGCCAAAGAGCAAGAAGGUUCAGCAUUCCAAUGCCAAAAAUGCUGUGCUCUUUGAGGCCAUCAAUUUAAUCAUCCACAGCGAUAGUGAGCCGAACCUUCUUGUGCGCGCCUGCAAUCAAUUGGGACAAUUUCUAAGCAAUCGUGAGACGAAUUUACGUUAUCUAGCAUUGGAGUCCAUGUGCCAUCUGGCCACAUCGGAAUUCUCCCAUGAAGAGGUCAAGAAACAUCAGGAGGUGGUCAUUCUAUCCAUGAAAAUGGAGAAGGAUGUCUCUGUCCGCCAAAUGGCUGUUGAUCUUCUCUAUGCGAUGUGCGAUCGCGGCAAUGCCGAGGAAAUUGUCCAGGAAAUGCUCAACUAUCUGGAGACGGCCGAUUAUUCCAUACGCGAGGAGAUGGUCCUCAAAGUGGCCAUUCUCGCCGAGAAAUACGCCACGGAUUACACCUGGUAUGUCGAUGUCAUACUUAAUCUUAUACGUAUUGCCGGCGAUUAUGUGUCGGAGGAAGUGUGGUAUCGUGUCAUCCAGAUUGUGAUUAAUCGUGAGGAGGUGCAGGGUUAUGCUGCCAAGACCGUGUUUGAGGCUCUCCAGGCGCCGGCCUGUCAUGAGAAUAUGGUCAAGGUGGGCGGUUAUAUAUUGGGCGAGUUUGGCAAUUUAAUUGCUGGAGACUCGCGAUCGGCGCCAUUGGUGCAGUUCAAGCUGCUGCAUUCCAAGUAUCAUCUGUGCUCGCCCAUGACGCGCGCCUUGUUGCUCUCUACGUACAUCAAGUUCAUCAAUCUGUUCCCCGAGAUACGCACCAACAUCCAGGAGGUGUUCAGGCAGCACAGCAAUCUGAGAUCUGCCGAUGCCGAGUUGCAACAACGUGCCAGCGAAUAUCUGCAAUUGAGUAUUGUGGCAUCGACAGAUGUGCUAGCCACAGUGCUGGAGGAGAUGCCCUCAUUCCCGGAACGUGAGAGUUCCAUACUGGCCGUGCUCAAAAAGAAGAAGCCCGGACGUGUGCCGGAGAAUGAGAUACGGGAAUCAAAGAGUCCAGCGCCAACCGCAUCAUCAUCGAUUACACAGAACAACACGCAUGUGAAUCACAACAAUAAACUGAACAACAGCAAUGCCAAUGCCGAUCUUUUGGGUCUCAGCACGCCGCCCGCCAACAACAUCAACAACAUGAGCAUGAACAACACCAACAACAUGAACAUGAAUAUGAACAACACCAACAAUUCCAAUUCGACGCUUAUCGAUGUCCUGGGCGACAUUUAUGGCAGCAACAACAAUGCCGCCGUUUACAACACUAAGAAGUUUCUAUUCAAAAACAAUGGUGUACUUUUCGAGAACGAGAUGCUUCAAAUUGGCGUCAAGUCUGAAUUCCGACAGAAUCUGGGACGUCUUGGUCUUUUCUACGGCAACAAGACGCAAGUGCCGCUCACG